UACUUUAACUUUUUUCAAAUGGAACAUAAAUUCACUAGCUAAUCAACAAAUAUUUUUGCUCUUUCCAAUAAGCUGCACUGUGGCAACUACUAGAUCGCCAUUUUUAGCAAUAAACAGUGCAACAAUAUUUAUUGUGUAAAAUCGAUAGGAGACCGCUAAAUUGUUAUUAUUUUUGCGUUAAAGCAAGCUAAUAUUUCGUCUUAUAACAGUAUGGAGCCCACAAUUAAAUAUGAAAACUGUGACGAUAUGUAUAUAAUACCCACCGGUUCAGUCCAAGCAGGUCCUGGACAGAAACGUCAUUUCGAUGAUUUGUGUGAUAAUAGUGAAUAUGGAAAUACAAGUGAUGGUGGUUUUUGUCAAAACAAUCAAAAUCAACCAUUUCAACAACAAAAUACUGGAUUUUUAGCUCCAACAAAUCAAACUUUAUAUGCACAAUCACUGAAUACAACAACAGGUCAACAGGAGAUUAAAGGAGCUAAACGUUAUAGACGGGGCGAAAGUGCGGUUCUCUUCUCACCACCUUUCUUCGAAGUGCCAGAGGACUGUAACACCCAAACAGAUACCUUCACAGCACGUUGUGUAUCAUGUCAAGUAAUGCUACGUGGACACAAAAAUGUAUCCUCAAACUUUCUCAAACAUAUGAAACGCUCCCAUCCAGAGGUACACAAAAUGUAUGAACAUUACAAAGUGCUUAAACAUCACGGUUUGAAAAGUGUCACGAGCACCACGGAUAUGAGUUCGUUGGCAAACAAGUCAUCAACAGAUGCUGCUGAGCAAAGUUUAUUUGAUGCUAAUAUAUAUUUAAAGUCGACAUCCGGAAAUACUACACACACUGCCACUGAAACAGUCGAAAAUGAAGAGAAUUCUGAAGCAACCGAAAACUCCCAAACAAAUUCAAAUACUGAUUUAAACGAUACUACCGAAAAUUCCAUAGAGACUCCAAAUAAUAAAAAAGGUUCAAUUAGUGCUUGUUCAACUGAAAUUAAUUUGUCAACUAAAACCCUUCAAGCAAUAAGCAAAAUCUUUGAUGAGAAACUACAAUCUUUUGCAACGAAAUCUGAAUUGAGUGAAGUAACUACAAAUAUAUUGAACCAAGUACGUUCUCGACAUGGAACACCAUGUUCUACAGUCGAAACAGAAUCAAUUUCUGACGAUGAAAAUGAGAAUAACGACCGAGUUGAUAAUAUUGAACAAGAUAAAUAUGAAACCCUAAACAAAGAACUUGAACUUAUGCGUCAACGUUUGUCUCAUUCCGAAAGCAGUAAACAAAUUUUACAACGUGAACUGCAUGUACUUGAAAAGAUUGUGCGUAAGCGUAAAUUAAUAAUAAACAACUUACCAAUUGCAGCGAAUCAACAACCCAAAGCUGUUGUCGAGCAAUUGUUUAAAGAACGUUUCGGCAUGCCGAAUGUGCAAUUGGAAGGUGUUACUGUCAUAGGCAAUAGGAACAGGCAAAAUAACGAUAGGCAAACUCUACUUGUUGAUGUUGUGCAUGAAUUCGAUGUAAAUCAAAUAUUUAGAAAGAGCAGCUGUUUAAAAAACACCGGCAUUUAUAUUGAGUCGCAAAUGUCUCAAAUAUCGUUGAAACGUAAAGAGAAGCUUUUGGUAUUACGACGCGAGAUGCUGCGACGAAAUGCUUCUUUGAAAAUUUUUGUCCGAAACACUCAAUUAUUGGUAUGUGACACGUGCUUCUAUUGGGAUGAGCUCUUGGGUCUGUGUAUGGGUAGUUUAGAUAGUCCUAACAACAGUUUGGUAACUGGUGAUGAGGCCGCUGAUGAACUAAAAAGGCUUACAAAACUCGAUAUGAAAGAAUUUCUUAACGUUUUAAAAAACUACGAUAUAAAAUAAAUGGUAUUCAAUACAUUUACUGUAAACUAAAUUUUUUU